AUGGCGAAUAAACAGGCGUACGCCGAUGCGCACGGGUACGAUUUCAUCGUCCACGCCGACGUGAUCGAUGGAAGCACACCGACGAGGUCUUGGAGUAAACUCUUGGCGAUGCGCAAGCAUCUUCCGAGGUACGAUUUUUUGCUCUACGUGGACGUCGACGCCGUCGUGAUGAACCCCGAGACGGGUUUGGAGGACAUCGUCGAUUUCGACUACGAUCAAGUCCUCGCCGCAGAUGCAAACGGGGUGCACUGCGGGGUGCGGUUGGUGCGAAGAAAUACGCCUUGGACGCUGCGGUUUCUGGAUGAACUCUGGGCGCGCGAGCGCGUCUUCGAGGACGAACGGCGCGCGUUGCAUCACCUCUACGCGUCGACGCGAUGGCGCGAUGCCGGCGCGCGUGGAUAUGUUUAUCCCAACGCGAACACCGUUCGGGCGAGGACGAAGAUCGUGCACGCGUGCGCGUUCGACGCGCAGCCGUGGUUUUACGAGGCGGGCGAUUUCAUCAUUCGUCUCGCGGAACUGCAAGGGACGGUCAAGUGUGUCGUGUUCGCGCGCUACUACGCGCGCGCGCGGGCGUCGAUGCGCGCCAAGGGGAUGUUCAUCGCCGCCGACGUCGAUCUUCCGCCGCCGAGUGCGUGGACGUGUCUCACGAAGAACGCGUGA